GUUUCCCAGCCCUGGUAGAUUUAGGAUUUUAGGGUUCAUCCAGAUUCCUAUAUAAAUCACCUUAUGGCCGCCGCUGACCAAGAAUCCAGUGUUGAAGCAAGGAUGAACAGCAUCACCGAAACACGAAAGUUUGCAGUCCAAGUUCAUCACAAUAGAGCAAACUACUACCGCAGCAGUUCCGGCGUGGACAUACUUCCGAUCAGAUUCAAAUGGGGCAAGAUAACUGUAAACUACAAUCCAAGUAUCCAAGGUUAUGAUUGUGAACCUCCAGAUAUUAUAUCCAGACGUACUCUUAAGCUGCGGUUCUCGAGGGAGAGGGCGAGUGGGAGUGCAAAGAUAACGGAGAGGAGGUUGGCCAAGUACAGAAGGGUCAUAGCUAGGUCUCCGACGGAAAUGGACAAGUUACAGAUGAAGCUGGCUAGGUUUCUGCGCGGCCCUGUGGGUAUUCCCGAAGAUAAGCACCCGUUUAUUAUUGUACAUAUAUUGGAUAUGAUUGAAUUAGCCGACCCAGAUAAAAUUAUCGAUGUGCACUUGAUGGACAUGACUGUUAGAGCUACGGGGGAAUUCGCGCACUUAAACGUGGAAGACAGUUACUACAGGCUCAUGCUUAUUCCGGCAUCCGAAGCAUUCAUUCAGGGUUUGCAGCAAGUGAGACUCGUUGAGCAUGACAGUUUGGAAAUGCUUGGUCUGGAGACAUCGUGCGCUGUUUGUCUGGAUGCCUUUGCGGACACAAAAGAGAUCACCAUCGCUCGCUUGCCCUGCUUACAUUAUUAUCAUCAUCAUUGCAUUGUCGAGUGGCUCAGGAUCAAUCACGUCUGCCCCAUUUGCCGGCACCCUAAUGCCCCGAUUAGAUGCCCGGGGUCAUCAAGGGCCAGAAGAAUCAGUAUGUUAUUGAGUGACACAGAAAUUUGCCUUGCCUGAGAAACAAAGGCCUUAUUUCCUCCCAUAUAUAAUGCUCCGCAGCUAGCUGCUGCGACAGACUAUUCAUUUGAAACUGGGAGAGGAUAUGAGAACGGUGCUUAAACCUCUUACAGACUAUUCAUAUGAUACUUUGCACUCCUCCAUGAGACAUCUGUAAUUGAGGAAGUGGACGAUCUAAUGGAGCAUGUUAAAGUACCCGUGGACUGAAACAGCUGCUCCUUGAACUUCGCUUUAUGUGGGUCUUGUUUCAUCUUUUGCUGUAAAAAUUACGAACCGUCAGUUUUGGAAUUGCUCAGGAACUCCUCAGUAUCUGCCAAAACUGUAGUGUACUUCGGCUCUGGGGCCAAGAAUAUCUAACCAAAUUUACAAGUA